AUGAACGAAAUGCCUCUGGCCUCAAAGCCGACAGGGCUAGGGUUCUCGGAACUCUGGAGGCACAAAAGGAUACUGGGGUGGUGCCUCAUGAUAUUCAUCCUUCCUAUAAACUUCGGAUACGAAGCGGCAUCAACCGGAAAUCUUCUAGCUAUCCCUACUUUCCUCCUUCGAUUUGGAACUCCACUCCCCAAUGGCCUACGCGAAAUUUCAACCUACGACCAGCAGGUCUUGAAUGCUGCAUUCACCUGCGGUUUGUUUGCUGCAUCGUUGACUGCUGGAUUUGCUUCUGACAUAAUUGGACGGAAACGGACAAUUGUGCUGGCGUCUACAAUUUGUGUUGCUGGUAUCUUUAUACAAGGAUUCUCCACGUCGAUCAUGAUGUUAUUUGGCGGGAAGUUUGUUAGCACUUUUGGAUUUGGACUUGGCCACACUUUAGCCCCAGUGUAUGUUGCUGAAAUUGCGCCUGAUUCAAUCCGGGGCGUGUGUUUAGCAUUGGUCAACGGCAUGAUCGUCAUUGGUCAAUGGCUAUGUGCACUUGUCGGAUACGGCACAUCACAUAUCCAAAACGACUGGGCAUGGAGAGCGCUGCUUUUGACCCAGUUGGCACCUCCUGGACUGAUGUUGAUAUUCGGAAUAUUUUUGCUACCAGAAUCCCCUUCAUGGUUGAUCAUAAAGGGAAGGCGGGAGCAAGCCGCGCACUCGCUCCUAAGGUUCAAUGGCCCGAAUUUCAACAUAGAAAACCAGAUCACAAUGUUGGAAACUGCCAUUGAAAAGGAGAAGGCAGAGGAGAAGGAGAAUGUCUCAUAUCUCGAUUGCUUCAAAGGUUCAAAUUUGAGGAGAACUACCAUUGUUUGCGUAAUGUUUCUCGCUCAACAGGUUUCGGGAGUUGGAUUCAUUACUGGAUAUUUACCAUACUACUUUACCAUCGCCGGUGUCAAAAAUCCGAUCGGGAUUGUCCAAAUCAGUUACGCCGUUCAACUGUUGGGAAACAUUGGAUCUUGGUUUAUAGUUGACCGAGUAGGUCGUCGGCCAUUGGUGGUGCAUGGAAUGAUCGUCAUUACCGUCACGCUUUUGGUCAUCGGGGGAGUGGGUACCAUUCAAAAUGACAAAACGGCUAUUCGAGCGACAGUCGCCCUAAUGACUAUCUGGGGCUUCCUGUAUCAAUUCACACUUGGGGCAACGGCUUAUGCGGUUGGCGGUGAAACUCCAGCAGUUCGCGUGCGUCAAAAGACCUAUGCGAUCAACUUGAUGUUUACAACCCUGUCCGCUACGCUGGUUAGUCAAGUGACCCCAAUAUUGAUCAAUCCUAGCUCGGCCAAUCUGGGCGCCAAAAUCGCCUUUGUAUUUUUCGCACCAUCGCUCAUCAUUUGCAUCUACCUUUACUUCUGCUUCCCCGAAAUGAAAGGCCGUAGUUAUCUCGAACUCGAGGAAAUGUUCCAAAAGCGAAUCCCCGCUCGGCAAUUCAAGAACUACAUUUCUGAUGCCCAUGUUGAUUCACUGCAUAUCGAUGAGAAAGAGGACCAAGUUGCUAGAAACACUGAUUCCUCUACCAUUGAUUCAGCCGAAUUAAUUGGAGAAACUAUACUGUGA